AUGUCUGACGAAACAAAUUCAAACUCAGCAAUUGAAAUUGAACCAUCUGAAUAUAAUCAAGUGAAACAAGAAAUAGAUGGUUUUGAAAUAACAGAAACAUGUCUAGAAAAUGAAGAAAUAUCUCUAUUGCAACCUGAGGUAAUAGUUGAGGAAGGAAUAAACCAAAAAUCGAUUGAUAAGCAAGAUGUAGAAUCUCCCAUAUCUAAUGAAGAAAUCAGUAAGCCAAGUAAUUCAGUCCAUAAACCGAGCAAAUUAUUUGGAUUAGGUAAAUGUAAAACAAUCCAUAACGUGGAAAUUUACAUAUGUGAAAUAUGCAGCAAAACUUUUUCAAUAUUCGCUAAUUUAAAAAAACAUUUAAUAGUACACAGCGAAGAACGUCCACAUAAAUGUGUGACAUGCAAUAAAACAUUCAAAAGAAAAGACACAUUAAAACUGCACGAAAGAUUCCACAGUAACAAACAUUUUCAUCUAUGUACCAUCUGCAAUAGAACAUUCUCAACAAAACAAAAUUUAAAUCAACAUUUAAUAAAUCAUACUGUAGAACGUCCACAUAAAUGCAACAUCUGCAAUAAAGCAUUCAUAACAGAAACAAAAUUAAAACAACAUGAAAAUGUCCAUACUAGAAACGAUCGUGUAUGUACGGUAUGCAAUAAAACAUUCACAACAAAACAAGAUUUAAAUCGACAUGAAAUGAUUCACACUGGAGAACGCCCUUUUAAAUGCGGAAUGUGUGAUAAAGCAUUCAGAACAAAACAGAAAUUAAAAGUGCAUGAAAUGAUUCAUACCGGAGCAAGUUCCCUCAAAUGUGGAGUAUGUGAUAAAAUGUUCACAGCAAUACAAUCAUUAGUAAGACAUAAAAGGAAUAUUCAUGGGGAAGAACGACCUAGCCAAUCGAAUAUCCUCAAGUUAAAUCAAGAAUUUGAUGAUUAUCCUCAAGUGAAACAAGAAUUUGAUGAUUAUGAUAUAUCAGAAGAAUGCUCGGAAGACGAAGAAUCAUCUCCACAUCUAUUUUUAAAAACUGAGUUAAAAGUAGAGGAAGAAAUAAUUCAAGAAACGAUUGAUGAUCAAGAUGCCUCCACUAGCACAAGUGAAGAUCAAACAAGCUAUAAUUCGAAACAACUUUAUAAAUGUAAAAUAUGCGACAAAACAUUCACAAAAAAACAAUACUUAAAUCGACAUGGAGCUGUACAUAUUGAAGGAAAGCCUCAUAAAUGUGAAACAUGCAAUAGAUCAUACAGAAGAAAAAGCGACUUAAGGUUACAUCAAAGGAUCCACACUGGAAAAGGUUUUGAAUGCAUACAAUGCAACAAAAUAUUUCUAAAAAAGCAUCUAUUAACCAAACAUGAAAUAAUUCACACUGGAUUACGUCUUCAUAAAUGUGAAAUCUGCGAUAAGAAGUUUACUCAAGCAAGCUAUUUGCGUACGCAUUUACUUGUACACAAUGGAGAACGACAACAUAAAUGUGAAAUAUGUGACAAAGCAUUUCUAACCAAGCAAUCGUUGGACUUACAUAAACUAGUCCAUAGUGGAGAACGUCCUUAUGAAUGUGAGACAUGCGGCAAAACAUUUACAAGAAAAGACACAUUAAAAGCACACAAAUUACUACAUACUGGAGAAAGCCCUCACACGUGUGAAAUAUGCAGUAAAAUAUUUUUAAGAAAACAAGCAUUAGUCGAGCAUUUAAUUAUCCAUAAUGAAAUGCUUUUUGAAUGUGAGACAUGCGGUAAAGAAUUCACAAGAAAGCAGUCAUUAAAACUGCAUGAAAGGAUUCACACUGGAAACUCUCUUCAUACGUGUGAAAUUUGUAAUAAAGCCUUUACUACAAAAUCAAAAUUAAAACAACAUAAUAUUUCCCAUACCGAAGAGCGCCCUUAUCAAUGUGGGACAUGCGGCAAAACAUACAAAAGUAAACAGUCAUUAAAAGAACAUGAAUCAACUCAUUAAGAUAUUGAACUUCUUUUUACAAAAUAUU